CUUCCGUCAAUAUUUCCAGCACUGCAGGCUGGGCGACAAGAAACAGAAGCAGAAACGGACGACACAUCAAAGAAGUCGCAACUGCCUGUCAAGCAUCUUGUGAACCCUCCAGGUGUUUGGAGAGGCAGCGACCAUCUCUGCUCACACUCCCACCUCCAGCUAAAAUGCCUUUCUUGGGAAAGGACUGGAGGUCGCCAGGAUGGAGCUGGACAAAGACAGAACAUGGCUGGAAGAGGAUUGUCCUCUAUGGACAUGAGUUGGACGACAACAACAGAGAGAUAGACCUGAAAGAGCUCUGCUGUGACAACAAAGAAAAUCUGUUUGUUGGAGAUGUUUGUGAGCUCACCACCACAAAGAGGAAAAAGGACUUCUACAACAACAAUACCAAAUCUCAGUUUGUUUUCAGGGAUAAAUGGAUCUACGUGCAGAAAGGCAGCACAAAAGAACGACAUGGAUACUGCACACUCGGUGAAGCGCUCAACCGUCUAGACUUUUCCAGUGCCAUUCAGGACUUGAGAAGAUUCAACUAUGUGGCAAAGCUUUUCCAGCUAAUAGCCAGGUCUCAGCUGACGUCUUUGAGUGGAGCAGCCCAGAAAAACUAUUUCAACAUACUGGAGAAGAUUGUACGAAAGGUCGUAGAGGACCAGUACAAUCCGCGCCUUGUCAAGGAGCUGCUGGAGGACCUGAGCUCAACACUCCACAGUCUGACGAUUCAUGUUGGCAAGUGUGUCCUCGUGGGCAACGUCAACAUCUGGUUAUGCCGACUGGAGACCAUUCUCAAAUGGCAGCAGCAGCUCAACAACCUGCAGAUCCCCAAGCAAAUGUGCAAUGGCAAGUCAUUCAGCGACUUGCCACUGCUCAUGCAUAAUAAGAUCCUCUACAACCUAUCCGAUGCCCAUGACAUCAUCAACCUGGGACAGGCCUCACCUACGCUGCACAUCCUCAGUGAGAACAGGACGUUGUGGAAGAAUCUGUGCCACUUUCACUUUGCAGACAAACAGUUCUGUAGGAAUUUGGUCUUAACCAAGAGUGACAACGUGGACUGGAAGCUAAUGUACUUCACCCUACAGAAGCAUUACCCAAUGAAGGAGCAGUACGGCGACACCUUGCACUUCUGCAAACACUGUAGCAUCCUCUUCUGGAAGGUAAACAAGAAGGACUGCGGCCACCCGUGCACAGCCAACGAUCCAGACAGCUGCCUCAUGCCCAUCUCUCCGCAGCACUUUAUCGACCUCUUCAAAUUCUAAACCCUCAAGAGAAGUUUGCCCUCACUCCCAAAACCAAGAGUGUGUACGAGACCUUGAUGUCUUUUACCCAAAUACAAAGGGCUUCAACUUAAAAAAAAAAAGACUUUUUUUAUGUCUUCUUUUCCUUACGCACAAAUGUUUCCAUAAGACAUAGGAAAGAGUCAAUGUAUGUUUCUUGAUUUUGAGAAUGUUGGUGAUAGGUCAAAUAUAAAAGGAACUUUUAUGUUUUUCCUCCUUCUGCACAAAUGUUUGUCUUAUUUUUUCUAUAAGAAAAAAAUAAUAUGUAAAUGUUACAUGAAUUUAUAUGUAAAAGGGGUUGUAGCGUGUUUAUGCUAGGUAAGUGAUGAUAGAACAAAAAUGUGUUUGGUUUUAUAAAGAAAAUGGCAAAAGAUGACCAUUUACAGUUCGUCAGAAUAAACUGAGUCAUGUGUUUAUUGUUUAUUUAAUGGGUUAAAACUGUUCUACUUUUUGGUCUGUUUUGUUACUGUGGUGUUUUUCUGCAAUAACUGAAUGCAUGUCAUGUUUGAGUCUCUGUUUACAAUCUGUAUGUUGUCCUUUGUGAAUACUUGCUGUGCUCUAUGUACAUUGAAGGCACUGACACUAAAAGAAAAUAAUGUAAAUCUACAUUAGGCGUACAAGUUUUUACAAUCUACUUUUGUCAGAACUGUCAAGCGACAAACAGGAAAUGUAAAAGGGGAGAGUGGGGGGG